ACGCGUAUUUAUGCAAUUUUAAAAUGAGACCAGAAGGGCAAUUAAAUCUGCUUGUGGGUGGUCGUCUAAUCCGGUAAUCCACCCUGACGUGCGUCUUUCGCUCUUCCGGCGCGUGUGUCGACAAAUCCAAUUGUUUUCCGUAUUCUUUUUCUUGGCGUUUGUUUUCGAGCAUUAAUCGCGUUAGUUGCGAGAAAUUACACGUGUACAUGGCGGAGGCGGUGGCGGCAGCGUUGGUAAUAGUGGGGAGUGCAUUUUAUCACAUUUUAUCCGUGAAUCUUCAUUUAUCUUUUGCGAUCGCAUUCGGUUUCGGCCACUUGUGCUCCGUUUGCGUAGCUGUAACAACGUGAAUUUGUAUUAUAAUCCGAGAUGCAAUCACAGUCGGUGUUAUUUCUUUUUUAUUGUUGGUACGAAUAGGAAAAUCACAUGUGCACGAAGAAGAAGUUGUGGUGAAGAUGUUCGGAGGGCCUUUGCAGGCGAGAAUGGUCGCUAAUGAAAUGGGAUACUAUUUUAAAGGACCAGUAAAAGGCUUCCGAGACACAUACGUGCUAAUACCAAUGCAAUUCCACACGGACACCACCCAUCAGAAACGUGGCGCAUCCAACAACAAGAGAUUGGUGGAUGAUUAUCGCGUGGAAUGGGUGCAACGCCAACGGACAAAAAGCCGACAAAAACGCGAUUUAAUACCAACCGACACGUGGCGGAAACCAUCCCCACCCUCACACAAUAGUUUUAACGAUGAAUUAUGGAGUCAGGAAUGGUACCUUCAAGACACCAGAACAAGGCCCGAUUUACCUAAAUUGGACCUAAAUGUACUUCCGCUGUACCGUUAUGGUGUGACUGGUAAAGGUGUGCGUGUUUCCAUACUAGAUGAUGGCAUAGAAUACACCCAUGAUGAUCUCAAACGUAAUUAUGACCCUGAAAUUAGUUACGAUUGUAAUGAAGAGGACCAUGAUCCUCUACCAAGAUAUGACCCAGAGAAACAAAACAGUCAUGGUACUCGAUGUGCAGGGGAGGUAUCCAUGACUGCUGAUAACAGGAAAUGUGGUGUUGGUAUAGCCUAUAAUUCCCGGAUUGGUGGUGUGAAGUUAUUAGAUGGUUUGGUGAAUGAUCGUAUUGAGGGUACAGCUCUUAGUCAUGCUAGACACUUGGUGGAUAUUUACAGUGCUUCCUGGGGACCUAAUGAUGAUGGUAAAACUGUGGAUGGACCAGGGAGACUUGCCCAGGAAGCUUUGGAGAAAGGUGUUGAAGAGGGACGUAACGGGAAAGGGUCUAUAUUUGUGUGGGCUUCUGGUAAUGGAGGGUCACAAGGUGAUAACUGUAACUGUGAUGGUUAUCUGACCAGUCCGUAUACCAUCUCGAUAGGUAGUGCUAGUCAACGUGGGGAGUUUCCAUGGUAUGGGGAGGCAUGUGCUUCUACUUUAGCUGUGACUUAUUCUUCUGGGGCUUACCAGGACCAGAUGAUUGCUACUACAGAUUUGCAUAAUGAGUGUACAAUUAAACACACAGGAACAUCAGCGUCUGCUCCCUUAGCGGCUGGGAUAAUCGCGCUUGCACUAGAAGUCAAUCCAGAAUUAACAUGGCGUGAUGUGCAACAUUUGAUUGUAUGGACUUCGGAAUUAGCACCAGUGGCAGACAACCCAGGAUGGAUCCAAAACGCUGCUGGACUAUGGACCAACACCCGCUUUGGUUUUGGUCUCAUGAACGCCUUCGCUUUUGUAGCAACAGCUGCAAACUGGACCCGCGUACCAGAAAAGUACACGUGUCACGUAAUAACCCCCUCUAAUAUAAACAUCAACACUUCAUUUUCAUACGGUUCUCCUACCACGAUCCCACUUGAAACCACCGGAUGUUCAAACACAAAUCACGCCCUUAAUUUCAUCGAACACGUAGAAAUCGAAGCGGAUAUCGCGUAUACCAUCCGGGGAGCAAUCGAAAUCCACUUGACUUCACCACAUGGCACCAAAGUGCAAUUACUAGGCACUCGAAAGCUGGACAAGUCACCGGACGGCUUCCGCAAGUGGAAAUUCAUGUCUGUGAUGACCUGGGGUGAGAGAGCGCAAGGCACAUGGAUCCUACACGUGGCAGACAAUUUGGGACCUGAAGGCAACCACGGUCACGUGUCAAAUGUGUCUUUAAUUCUCCACGGAACCCGACUACCACCCACACAUACCCGUAAUGGUCCACGUGAGUACAACCACGAGUACAAUCGCGUGAGGAAUCGCGUCGGCGCAUUGAAACAUGAGUCCCUUGAUCAACUCUACGGAUAUGACUUGAAUUUACAGCAAGUAUUUCAAACUUUUGCUGAAGAUUACGAGGAAAAUGCUUGAAAGAAUUUAAUCGAUUUUUAAUUGACACCUAGAGGUGUAUGUACACAAAGAGAUUAUUUUAUUAAACACGUUGUACGUUGAUCGAAUGUGGUGCAUA